AUGAUCAUGUUGAAUUUGUACGCGUUGAGCUGGUAUUGGGUCAUGCAUCUGGGUUGUGUCGUCGAUCGAAGACGUUCGAGCGGGGAUGACAUAUUCUCCGGUCUGAGAAGAGUGACUGUUGGGAGUAGAGAAUCUGGGUGGCCAACGAGACCUGGUGGUUCAGUUGGAUGGGGAAAGGACAUUACUAUGCUACCGACGCAGAUCUAUGGAACGGUGGCGUUCUUGGGCAACCAUAAUCAAACCCAAGUGCACGACCAACACUAUCCGGCAACGUCAUGGAAUUGCCACUCUCACUUCUCAAGAUCUCACCCAACGGCUUGGCUUGCGGCAUACGAUAACCGCAGGUUACUCUUAAAUCCCUGCUCGGCGGCGGCAUCUCAAGGUUGGGAGGAGUUCAAACGUACGUUAGGCAGGAGAGGUAUACGACGACCGAGAAGUCAUUUCCUGACAUGCCCCCCAACGAACGAUAACCUACUCACGCGGCUCAAUUUUAAGACGAACGCCACAUACAUCCUGUUCGAGUCCCCUAGAGAUCCCGGCAUAUCCUCUAUGCUAUGUGCGGCUCAUGACGACGCUUCUUUGCGCCACGGGCUACUUAACGUCACAGAAAUGCAUUCACGCACACAGAGAUGUCCGUCGUGA